UUUUAUAUAGUAAGUUGUACUCCGUAGUUUUUAUUUUGCAAGGAAGUAUAUUACACAUCUCUCCGUUGGGUGGGUGGGGACACAGUAAUUGUUCUAGGCGGCCAUAUCUGAAAUCCGAAUCCUCAGUAGACGAAGCCAAGGAAGGAGAUGGAGUUGGAGUUAGAGCCGAGGGUGAAGCCUUUGCCCUUCAAAGUGAAAGCCAUGUCUCGAGAAUCUCCCGCUCAGAAAGCCUCUCACCUGCUUGACCCAGACCUCCGGAACCACUGGUCCACCGGCACCAACACCAAAGAGUGGAUCUUGCUUGAGCUAGAUGAACCUUGUCUGCUUUCGCAUAUAAGGAUAUAUAAUAAAUCAGUGCUGGAAUGGGAAAUAUCAGUUGGUUUGCGCUUCAAGCCAGAUACUUUUAUGAAAGUUAGACCACGUUGUGAAGCACCUCGUCGAGACAUGAUGUACCCUAUGAACUACACUCCUUGUCGUUAUAUUCGAAUAUCUUGUUUGAGGGGUUCCCCUAUAGCGAUUUUCUUCAUUCAGCUGAUGGGCAUUUCUCUUACUGGGCUUGAACCUGAGUUCCAACCGGUUGUAGACUACCUGCUGCCACACAUAGUAUCUAACAAACAGGACACUUCCAAUUUGCAUCUUCAGUUGCUUCAAGACAUUACAACGCGGCUGGCCCCAUUCCUUGUACAACUAGAGGCUGAUCUUAGUGGCUUUUCAGAAGCAUCAGAGCAUGGCAUUCGAUUCCUAGCCAUGCUUGCUGGUCAAUUUUAUCCGAUUCUAUUUGUUGUAAAGGAAAGAGAAGCAACAAGGUUGGCUGGCAACACUUCAGAACCCGAAACUUCUAGGAAUAAUCCAAUGCCAAUGGCUUUGACCGUUUCAUCUAAUUUUGAACCAAGAAGAUCACGCAGCACUUCUCCCUUGAUCUUAUCCACAUCUAGUAACUUAGCAUUCCGUCCAGAUGCAAUCUUCACGCUGCUGAGAAAGGCACAUAAGGAUUAUCACUUGGGACGUAUUUGCAGAGUGGCUUCUCAAAUUUUACUGAAGUUUAUGGACCAUAAUAGCAUGGCAGGAGCAUCCCCACCUUCAGACAACCGGUCUUCUCUGCCUGAUGAAGGAAAAAUAACAGAUAUUUCCCAUCCUGCUUCUUUUAUUGAUUACUCUGACAUACUUGGGGAUGAAUUCCGGUCACCUGAGCAUCGAGACUCCAAUCUUGUAGCUCUGUUAGAUAUUGCACUGGUGGAAGAAGGGAUUUUGCAUGUUCUUUAUGCGUGUGCAUCACAGCCUCUGCUUUGCACCAAUUUUGCAGAUGAUUCUUCUAACUUUUGGUCAGCAUUGCCACUAGUGCAAGCACUGCUUCCAGCGUUGCGUCCCAUUGUAAACUUCCCUGAUCAAGUUGAUGACAGUUUCUCCCAGUGGAAAAUGCCUUUUGUACAGCAAGCCCUAUCUCAGAUAGUUGGCACUUCUUCCUCUUCAGCUUAUCGCCCUCUUCUUCAUGCGUGUGCGGGUUACUUAUCCUCAUUUUCACCAACACAUGCAAAAGCAGCAUGUGUCCUCAUUGAUAUGUGUUCAGGUGUGCUAGCACCCUGGAUGACUCUAGUGAUUGCAAAGAUUGACCUAACUAUUGAGCUUUUGGAGGACCUCUUAGCUGUAAUUCAGGGUGCCCACCAUUCAUUUGCUCAAGCACGGGCAGCCCUCAAAUACAUUGUGUUGGCAUUAUCUGGGCACAUGGAUGAAGUUUUGUCAAAAUAUAAGGAUGUCAAGCACCGAAUUCUGUUUUUGAUCGAGAUGCUUGACCCUUAUCUUGAUCCAGCCAUUACCCCUCUACAAAGUGCAAUUUCUUUUGGCAACAUACCUUCUGGUUUUCUUGAAAACCAAACGCACUUCUGUGCUCUUGCACUGAAUGUGAUACGCACAGCUGUACGAAAGCCUGCUUUGCUUUUAUCUUUAGAAUCUGAGUGGAGACGGGGAUCUGUUUCUCCCAGUGUACUACUCUCAGUUCUGGAGCCUCACAUUCAAUUACCUCCAGAUGUCGACCUUCGGCAGGUUUCUGUUUCUGGUCUGGCAGAUUCAGAAUCGUCUAUAGCACCUGAUUCUUCUACUGGUAUAUGCAAUGGCGGUGUCACUUCAUUGCCUAUAACCCAAGACAGGACAGAUGUAAGGACUGGCUCUGAUAUGUCCUCAAAGAUGGAUCUUCCUGAUGAUGUGAGCCUUCUAUUUUGUCCGCCUGAAAUUAACAGAAUGUCAGUUAUCACAGCUUCUGGGAGCCCUCAAAGAGUGUCCUCAGAUUCAAGCGGUAGUGAUGCCAAGACAAAAACUGAGAAAGAUCUAGGUUACCACUUCCCUCAUGCAGUACCUGGAGCAAACAACACUAUUGAAUGUCAUGAUUUGCAAGCUGACUAUAUACAACUCAUGAAUUAUCGAGAUUGUCAGCUGAGAUCUUCUGAGUAUAGGCGCUUAGCUAUGUACUUGCAUUCUCAGACUGAGAAACCGAAUCCUGAAAGUCAUGAUGCUGCUAUAGAUGCCCUUCUUUUAUCCGCAGAAUGCCAUGUGAAUCCCUAUUUCAUGAUGUCCUUCAAGGACACUCCAAAAGUUAGGAGCAACAAAAGGAGAAGCGACAACGCUAGCGGGUAUUGUGGAUUUUCCGAUCUUAACAUAGAGUUUGAAGAAAACAAAAAUGACUUGAAAACAUUAAUCUAUCUUGAAAGGAAAAGGGACAAACUUGUUCUUGAAAUUAUGCUUCAAGCUGCUGAAUUAGACAGGGGUCAACAAAACUGUGAUGAUGAAGAAGAAAAUGAAGUCUUAAGGUUGUCUCAGAAAGAUACUCAAGCAGAAGAUGCCAUUACUUUACUUCGAAAAAAUCAAGCACUUCUUUUCAAGUUUGUUGUUCAACGUUUGCAAAGAGACGAUUACCUCAAACAUGAGGUACUCUUGCAAACUCUAUUGUUUCUUUUGCAGUCGGGAACUAAGUUAUCCUGUUCACCGACAGACAUUAUUGAGAUAAUAUUGAAGUCUGCUGAGCAUUUAAACACACAGCUGACAUCUUUCUAUUGCCAACUUAAAGAGGGAAAUACAAAGUCAGAUGAUUGGAAGCUACACCUAGGCCAACGUUUGUGGAUGCUUCUUCAGAGAUUAGUGAUUGCAUCUAGUAGUUGUGCUGAAGGGUUGGAGCUUUCAGUCAAUGUUAAGAGUUGUUUUCAGUUUGCAAAUCUGAUCCCUCCUUCAGCAUGGCUUGAGAAAAUACCCACAUUCUCUACUUCUGUUUCUCCAUUAUCCCGAUUCAUUGGUUGGAUGGCAAUCUCUUGCAAUGCUAUACAAUUUCGGAAGGAUAGACUCUUUCUUGUUUCAGAUAUGGAGCAAUUAGCAUGUUUGCUUUCAAUUUUUUCGGAUGAGCUUGCUACAGUUGACGAUAUAUCUGAAUAUAGAGAUGAGAACAAAAAAACUGAUGAAUCUGGUCUUAAGCAGGAUUCAAGUAACAUGAAGUUGGCUGCAUGUGGUUCACAUAGUUCCUUCCACAUCAUAUACCCUGAUGUUAGCCAUUUCUUCCCCAAUUUGAGAAAACAGUUUGAAACUUUUGGGGAAUCUAUACUGAAAGCUGUUGCGUUGCAACUGAGAUUGCUUCCUCCAUCAACUGUUCCAGAUUUGAUUUGUUGGUUCUCUACGUUCUGUUCUGAGCCCUUCAUUCAGUACCCGAAGGACCAACUUUCCUGUCAAAAGGAUUUUGUGAGAGGGUUUGUGGCAAAAAAUGCAAAAGCCAUAAUUCUGUAUGUUCUUGAAGCCAUUGUAGCUGAACAUUUGGAAGCAAUAGCACCGGAGGUACCAAGGGUUGUACAAGUGCUGGUGUCCUUGUGCAAGUCUUCAUAUUGUGAUGUUCAAUUUCUAGAUUCUGUGUUACUUUUGCUCAGGCCAAUCAUUUCAUAUUCCUUGCAAAAGGCAUCUGAUGAGGUGAGUUUAAUGACUACAGAUGGUUUGUGCCUUAAUUUCGAGUCAUUAUGCUUCGAUGAACUCCUCGGUGCCAUCAGAACUGAGAAUGAAAGCAAUUCAAGUGGGCGUUGCAGAGCACUGACUAUUUUUGUCUUGGCAUCAGUGUUCCCUGAUAUUUCUUCCAGUUGCAAAAUAGAAUUCUUAAACGCUUCUCUCCCAUCUGCAGAAUUUGCUGCUUCAGAGCAAACAAUGUUUUUUCAUGAUUAUCUUCGUGCAUAUGAGGCUCUCAUGCAACGUUGCAAGGUUUUGAUGGUUGAGCUGCUAAGACUUUGGGGUAUCAUUCCAUGCAAGAUCUCUCAAUUUUCUGACAUGGACAUGGCUGCAAAAAAUGAUGAUAGAUCUGAAUUCUCAUGUUUUCUUGAAGAGGUGCAUGACAUUUCAGUUGAGCUGAACCAAAGUAGCACUAAUGACUGUGUCGUGAAUGACAAACGCCUUCUAAAUAUUGAGGAAAUUGAUAUCUUCACCAAGAGUCUAGGUACCCUUAUCUUCAAGCUGUGUCAGAACGUUGAGCAAUGUUACAGAAUUCAUCCUAAACUCGCCAAGAAUCUCACACUAGUUUGUGCAGAAUGUUUCUUGUAUUUAAAAUGCUUGGCUUAUGUUGCUGAACAAGUUUCUGUUUCCGGAGGAGCUGAGAUGCAAAUACUGCCCAACUCAACCUCUUGUACUGGAUUUCCUAAUCAUUGGACAAUCAGUCUUGAAGGACUUUCUGAAAUGGUUAUAUUGCUUCUGAAAAGCCAUUGCUGGGAGGUUGCAUCAGUGAUCCUUGACUGUCUAUUUCACGUGCCUCAGAUCUUUGACAUGCACAGCUCGGUCAAUAAUAUAUGCGCUGCAAUAAAAACAUUUUCACAAGAGGCACCCACAAUUGCUUGGCGUCUACAAACAGAUAAGUGGGUGACAUCACUUUUUGCGAGAGGCAUCCAAGAAGGUGAAGCUCUGAUUGAUCUCUUCUGUUCAGUUCUUAGCCAUCCAGAGCCAGAACAGCGCUUCAUUGGGCUUAAACAACUGGGAAAACUUGUGAGUCUAAAUGGAAGUGGCGGAUCUGAUUUCUUAUUGCCAACUUUAAUUGAUGAUAAAGCAUUUCCAUCAGAGCCUGUUGUACCUUCUGCUCUGGUGUCAAGCACUUGGGAUCAAGUGGCUUUGCUGGCUUCUUCUGAUGCAUCACUACCAUUGAGAAUCCAUGCAAUUGCACUUCUUGUGAAGUAUGUCCCAUUUGUUGAAAGACCCAAACUGCAAGGUUUUCUUGCUGCGGCUGACCAAAUCCUUCAGUGUUUGACGAAACUCACUCAGCCCAUGUGUGAAGGCCCAUUAACACAACUCUCUAUUGCACUUAUUGCCUGUGUUUGCCUAUACUCACCAGCCGAAGAUAUUUCUUUGAUUCCUCAAAAUCUGUGGCAAGGCAUUGAAAAAUUUACACUUGCUGGAAAUGAAAAAAUGCGCAUGGGUCCCGAGAAAAGGGUAUGCCAAGCUUUAUGUAGGAUGAGAAAAGAAGGGGACGAGGCCAAAAAGGUCUUGACGGAUGCUCUCUAUUCAUGUUCUCCGAAACAAGUGGACCCAGCAUUUGUAAGUACACGCGAAACAAUUCUUCAGGUUGUUACAAAUCUAACUUCUGUCCGGUCGUACUUAGAUUUUUUCUCCAAGGAACAUGACCACAAGGUUCAGGAGUUAGAGGAAGCUGAGAUAGAAAUGGAGCUUCUUCAAAAAGAAAGUGCUUUGCAGAAGUUAGCCAAUGAUUUCAAAGAUCAACCUCCACUUCCUCUGAUAGCAGAGUAUGCAAAGGAUGAUGACCGUUUGCAGAAAAUCAAAGAUGGAAUAAGAUCCAUGGAGAAGGCACAACUCAGAGAACAGAUAGGAGCACGCAGGCAAAGGAAGAUACUUGCUAGGCGUGCCCGUGAAUCAUAUUUGGAAGAGGCAGCCAUACGAGAAGCACAACUCCUUCAAGAGUUGGAUAGAGAGAGGACUGCAGAAGCAGAAAGAGAGAUAGAGAGACAGCGGUUGCUGGAACUCGAACGUGCUAAAACCAGGGAGUUAAAGCACGAUCUUGACGUGGAGAAAGAAAAGCAAUUGCAGAGAGAGCUGCAGAAGGAACUUGAGCAAGUAGAAUCUGGUCUCCGACCGUCAAGACGAGAACUUUCAUCCUCACACAGUAGGCCCCGGGAAAGAUAUAGGGAAAGAGAGAGUGGCAGAGGGGCUAGUGAAGGGACCUUGUUGAAAUCCAACGCCGAGACAAUGGGACCCAGACCAAUCUCAACCCAACAACCAACCGUUACCCAAUCGCGCGACAGAUCAGAUGAAGGUGGCAACAGUUACGACGACAACUUUGAAGGGAGCAGGGAUUCGGGCGACAUGGCGAGCAUUGGCGGCGAUGCUGACAUGGCAUCCAUGUCACUUGAUGGGGCCACGCCUACGAAUUUCGCACCCUCCCAAAAGCACGGAGGAUCUUCGAGAGGAGGGAGUGGCGCGGGCAAACCUAGUAGACAGAUCAUGGAACGACGAGAACGCGACGGGAGGCGUGAAGGGAAAUGGGAAAGAAAAUACUAGGAGUAUUUUCCAGUUUGAAUGAAUGAAUGAACCUUGAUGUUGUUGUAUCAUCAUCACCUUUCUAGAAAAACCAAUGUAGAUAGGUAGAUGUGUUAUUAUUGAAAAUAGCUAAAUUAUCUCCUCUAGAUAUGACACCAAAGUUGACACCAUCACAGAGAAUUAUGCACAAAUAGCCAAUUGUUGACCCAUUGACGAUUUCAACCUUGGUGUCAUUCAUGGUGUGGUUGUAGCACGACCUAUUAUUAUAUAUGGUCAUGCGAGAGGAAGACCGUUACACAGACGGUUGUACAUUGUCCGAAAUGUUUUUGUGCCAUGACCAAAAUUGUAUCCCAUAUGGUGGUCUAAGUUUAGUGUUAAUUUUGAACAAUUAAUUGGCACUAGUUUUAAUGCCACUUGAGAAUAUGAUGCUGAAAUGUUGAUGAUGAUCUCAAUUAUUGGAUUGUUCUCAUUUGUGUUCAAACUGACCAUGUCAUGUGAAAUGAAUGUAUUCAUGAAAAAGAAAGGCUUUGAGUUACC